AUGAUGCAGGAGGAUUGGAUACAUCAAGAAACUCCUCAAUUAUUGCUAGCAAGAGGCAAACUAAAAAUCAGUGAUGGUCAUACUAUUGAUCCGCCUACGAUAUCUACUAAUAACAGACAAAUACCUUCGCUAGAUUCCUUACCUUUACGGAGUACAUUCAAUACGAAUAAAAAUACAAGCGAUGUCGACGUUACGGAUGUCUCUACUCCACAACGAAUAAAAUUAGUGUAUCAGCAAUUAGAACCCGAUGUUAGUGCGAAACGAUCAGAAAAAUACUUUGUUAAUUUGAUUCAAUGCUACAAUUUCGUGUUUUAUGAUCUAUCUCACAGCUUCACCAGUGAUACUUAUAGCAUAAUUCAUGAGCAAAUCACAAAGGAAGAGAUAACUAGCGAUACCGUAGAGGAGAUUGCCGAUAAAAUAAUUGAUGAAGUUAUUAACGAAGUUAUCAUGCUGGAUUGCAGCCAUGUUAUUGCAGAUGAGCUAAAGCUUACGAGAAAAGAAAGAGAUACGGUUUUGUACCAAACGCAAGAAAGGUUAGCAGAUCAUGUUAUGUUGGAUGUUUUAUUGGAUCAAAUGUUUAGCUGUAGUGGUAAAGAUAUAGUAUUUAGGCUAGCGUCUGAAAGGGUUAUUGAAGAUAUUAUGCUAAGCGUAUUAUUAUAUCAACAUAACGCAAUUGAAGAUAGCUGUGAACCGACUAAAAGCAAUAGCAUUAUGUACGGAUUACUUAAAGAUGCAGCACAAGAAAUACUGAAAAAGACUCUAAUAGAAUUACUUAGUGCUCACAUGAAGGAAGAUAUGAAAAUGCGAAUGAUAGAAGAAUCUGAAGAACAAUUUAAAAAUUAUUUGAGUAGCUUAUCUGCUUCUCAAUAG